AUGGAGAACUUCUCAGCCUCAAACCUUCUGAAGCUGAUACCGCUACUCAUCGUGCUCGUGCUUGUGAUUCCGAAAGGAAAUGUUUCCGCAACAAAGAAAGUCGUUCGAGUCCAAAACGAUCUGGGCGAAGUUACUCUGAUGGUGCAUUGCAGAUCCAAAGACGACGACGUCGGUGUGCACUACCUUUCCAAUGGGAACUACACUACGUGGCCAUUCGGUGACAGUCUGAUCCGCACGAUCUUCUGGUGCACCAUCAAGUGGAACGGUGAAAAAGAAGAUUUCACGGUUUAUGAUUCGCUGAGGGAUAGGGUUCGAUGUUGGCUCAAGUGCUGGUGGAGCGUAAGGCCGGACGGAGCCUACUCUUUUAACGAAAAGACACAGCAAUAUGAAAAGCUGUAUGCCUGGUAA